UACCCUCAUCGAUAUAAACGGAGUGGACAAAACGGAAUAGGCAGUCUGACCCUAUUCAAAAUCAAGAUAACAAAUAACAGAGUAACAAAGAUAGCCUGAGGCAGUUCAGCUUUUCAGGGACAGUGUGAAUAUUUAAAAUGACCUUGAUGUGCACAAGACACUAGAUAGAAAAUAUUAAUUAGCACAUUGAAAUUAUCAAUGGGUUCUGUGUCAAAUUCAAUCCAGGGACACCUCAGCAAGUGAUGGAGUUUCCUGAAGAUUUCAACCAGCUUGAGCUUCUGAAUACACAUGGACACCUGAUCCCCCGAGGGGCCAGCAGCCUGUGGACCGGAAGCAGGGAUGAGGAGGAAGAUAUGGAAGAGGAGGAGCGGGACCACAGUGAGGAGUGGUAUCUAGAAAAACAAGAAAUUCUCAAAGACAAACCAAGGGAGCUCAUUCUGUGGGCAGCGGAAAACAAUCGUCUUCCAACAGUCCACAGGUUGUUAACUGCUGAUCCUUUGCUGGUGCACUGCUGUGAUGAGGACGGUUACACCCCACUGCACAGAGCAGCAUACAGCGGCCAUGUUGAGGUGGUUUCUGCUUUACUCGCCGCAGGGUCUAAGGUUAACGCUCGCACCAUCGACGGCUGGACACCCCUUCACAGCGCCUGCCGCUGGAGCCGUGUUACUGUGGCAAGUCUUCUCCUGCAACAUGGAGCCAAACUGAACGCCCAGACCAACGGUGGGCUCACACCGCUACACCUGGCUGCAUCCCACGCCAGCUCCUUAAAAACAGACUCCGCUCACACAUUAGAGCUCCUCCUCUCUCAGCGACACCUGAAGCCGGGGCUCCGCAGCAGCAGCGGGGAGACGGCCAGUGAGGUGGCCCGACGUAGUGGCCCACAUCACUUUCUGUUUGAGAUGGUAGAAGACUGUGUCAAUGUGGUACCCAUCUCAUGAAUGAAAACACAGGUGCACACACACACUUGAGCGUCCAUUACUUGAACUUGUAUGUAUACAUGAAAUUGGUCAUAAUAUGAGCAGUAUGUGAAUGUGCUUUGACUGGACAGACACGUGGAUACCCUCGUGUCUAUGUCUCCUUGACUGCCUCAAGAGCUAUAUUAAUGUUCAUGGCCCCAAGACAAUGCAUGUUUCCUAUUGAAUCACCAUAAUAAAUAAAUGCAAAUGGAAAUCAGA